AUGGCUGAACCGGUCCAAAUCAUUGCCAGCUGCAUCGGCGUAGCUGACUUCGCGUUGAAGUCCUAUCGCGGCCUUUACCGAUUCGUUAGCGAUAUCAAGAAUGCUGACAACACCGCCAAAGGGCUAUGUUGUAAGGUUCAACGUUUACGGAAGACCCUUUACAACGUCCAUUUAGUUCUACUCGCGAGAGAGAACCAGCUCCUCGAGACACGGCCUGCAGGUCCAGAAGAAGAAUGCAUCCUUUCCAACAUUCGAGACUCGCUCAAACAGUGGCGGCACACUCUACAGAAAUUCAAGCGCGAGAUAAAGGGCCUGAACGCACCGCUAGAAGGAGAUCGAAGACCUACCUGGGUGGAUAAAACUCUCCUGCAGCUCAAACUCCAGCGAAAAGCUCCCACCAUUGCGAAGUUCGAGAAGUCGAUCGACGAGCACAUAGAAGAGCUGUCGCUCUCAUUACAUUGUCUAGCCAUAUUCGUUCAGACAGAGCCACAUGUACAUGGCCCCACCUUGCGCCAAAAGCUCCAACAAGUCGAACCACAACACAACGGCACUCGCAACCGUCACGAUUUAAGUAAAAGUCGGGAUGGCUCUGAAGUUAAAAACAGGCACGCACAGAUAAUGGAGAGAUGCAUCACUACAGCACGAACGGUGGUGGAAAGAGUCUCUCCUCGUGACAGACCGUCAGUAGAACGGCAGACUAGCAUUCCUGAACAAGACGGCACCAUUGUCGGUCUACCACGUGGGAGUCAUGAGCAAGACCGUGAGGACGAAAACUCUGAUGAGCCUGGGGUCAGGAUUUCCGAAAUUGGCGAAGUCACGGUUACGGCCCCCUCAAUUGGCUCCAACGAGAGGCAGAUCCCAGAUUUCGAUCCACAACUCGAUAUCACUCCCCAAGAAUUCUUGGAUGCACUGAUUGAGAAGUAUAGGAGCCAGGUCGAGUUGGAGCUAAAGGACAAGUGCUACGACCAAGCACAGGUUCACCAGCGUAGAUUGAUUGACCGCUUUGACGAACGUAAGACAGCCUACGGGGUUCAGUAUGAAUGGGCAAAGAUGCAGGAAAAGCUUGCCGACAUCCUGGAGCGUUGUGGGAAGAUCGAUGAAGCAAUAGAGAUCAACCACCUCCUUUUACAAGGGGUUCGAGAUGUGACAGGGCAAUAUCCACGGCAGACCGACAUCGACCAAGCGCAAUUGAGCCCGCCAAAAGCAUUAGAACAGUCGAGACACUACUACAAAAUAGCCAAACUCCGGAUCAUGCAGUAUGCAGAACAUGGAGACCCCAGAACGAUACAGCUCUCAGAGGUGUUCGGUAGACGAUCGUUCAAGCUGAGACUGGGAUUACGCGAGGAACAUGAGUCGGAGUUCUUGGAGUCUGCAGAAUUUCUGGCCAACAUAUAUCAGCUUCAAGGCAACCAGGUCGAAGCUGAUACCUAUCGUGAUUUCUACUUGAGGUCGCCUCCAACAAGCCCAGCUUCAUCGGCCCCAGCCUCGCCCGUAUCUCCGCUAGCUCAGCAAAUCUCACUUGAUGGGCACAGACUGAAUGGUGAUAUUAACGGGCACGAAUCUAGCGUCACUCCAUCAUUCGAUGCUAGCGUUCUUACCUCUCUCUUCUCUGCUGUUGCAAAGGGGGAUGACAACGAGGUUGCGGGGCUACUAAGGUGUGGCAUGGACGUGGAUUCAAGAGACCAUCAGAACAGGACGCCGUUGAUGCACGCGAUUGAGCGGCGACGGAUCGGGAUGGUAAAAUUCCUGUGCAGCAAAGGAGCCAAAGUGGAUGCAAAAGACAACAGCGGUUGGACAGCUCUGCAUCAUGCCAUUGUUUACUGGGACGGGGAUUCGAUAGCACGGAUCCUUCUUGAGGACUACCGGGCCGACUGCAACGCAGUGUGCCGCCUUCAAAAGACUCCACUGCAUUACACCGUUGGCCGGAAUAACCUGUCCUCCGCGAGGAUUCUGCUGGCUCAUGGUGCAAACAUACAGGCCAAAGACAGCUACCAAAGAACACCUUUGUCGUUUGCCGAGAGCGAGGGCAGGGGUCGCCUGGCCAAGAUACUCCGGGACUACGAAGCGAAUAUGAAUCGGUAA